CAACCACCGAUAAACCCCACCGAAGAAGAGGAAGAAGGAAAUAAAAAAUGAUUAUCGUUAGAUUCGAUGAAACAUCGGUGUCUACAUUUAGGCCGGUUUAAAUGCAUGAACAAACCAAACAAGGUGAUGUUUUGUAGGCAAAGGGAAAGGGAGUGAAAAACCAACCGAAUCUCGGCACAUUCACUAUUCUGCUCUGCGUCUAUGUUAACAACAGAUGGACUCGUUGCUCCUGUGGGCCACUGCCGGAGUCGACAGUGUAUUUGUUGGGGAGGGAACGACUGUGGAAAGGCGGAAGACGGCGCAUCAGCAGUCAGAUUGGAAGCGAACUGGUUGUUGCAAGAUGCUUGUAAGCGACAGUUCUCUGCACGGGAUUUAAGGAUAAGUCAACUUUCAAGUUUGAACUCCUGAAAUAAUCUGCAUGGAUCAACAAGGGCUGAACUAAAAUCUUGAUUAAAAAAAAAAAUCUAUAUAUUCAACACAAGCGCCGAUAAGACACAAUGGCGAGCAGAAGAAAAACAACAACGCCUUGCAUGUUUCCUCCCAUUGAAAUGGUGAAUUCAGACCCUGACAUGGAGGUCGUUACAGAGGGAGACGAACAGACCGACGAGGGGGCCGCUAACUGUCCUGUGGAAAACUCAACUGAAAGCAACCCGAGUGAGGAAGACACACAGGCCAUGGACCACUUCAUUAAAACGAUGGACUCGAGUACGGCAGAAGGAGGUUACGAGUGCAAGUACUGCAGCUUUCAGACAUCACAGCUCAAUAUGUUUACCUUGCAUGUGGACACUGAGCACCCAAAUAUAGUUCUAAACUCAUCUUAUGUGUGUGUUGAAUGUGACUUUCACACCAAAAGGUAUGAUGCAUUGUUGGAGCAUAAUGCACGCCACCACCCUGGAGAAGACAGUUUCACCAGGACCAUGGUGAAGAGCAACAAUCAAACCAUCUUUGAGCAGAGAGUCAAUGACUUGACCUUUGAUGGCAGUUUUGUUGAGGAGGAUGAGGACACAUCCUGUAAGGGUAUUGCCCUAAGCAAGACCCCAAUCAUGAAGCUCAAGAGUAGGGCUGAGGCCAAGAAGUUUACAGGGUCGCACAAAAUGGCAGAUUACAGUGUCAUUAAAGUGGAGAGUGAUGGGGAAGAAGAGACAGAGGAGAUGCCCCCCCCUCCUCUCACCCCCACUGUAGUGGCUGUGUCAACCCCUCUGACCAUUCAACCUAUUCAGCAAAGCAUAAUGGUCAACAGCCCAAACGUGCUCCAAAUAAAGACCACCAACUCCACCACAAUGCUCCCUCCAGGGACAUUGGCCCAAGUUCUGUCUGCCUUGCAGAAUCAGCAGACCUCCCAGACCCAGCUCCUCAUCCCGGUCAGUAGUAUCCCCACAUACAAUGGGGCCAUGGACAAUAAUGUCCUGCUGGUCAGCGCCUAUAAUAGGUUCCCUUACCCAUCUGUGUCAGAGAUCAUGGGUCUAGCAGCACAAACCAAGUUCACAGAGGAGCAGAUAAAGGUGUGGUUCUCUGCCCAGCGGCUGAAGCACGGUGUGAGCUGGACCCCAGAGGAGGUGGAGGAGGCCAGGAGGAAGAAGUUCAACGGCUCAGUGCAGGCGGUGCCACAGACCAUCACUGUCAUCCCAGCCAAUUUUGCUACGGCAGCCAAUGGCCUGCAGUCCAUCUUUCAGACUUGUCAGAUUGUAGGGCAACCAGGGAUGGUUUUGACUCAUGUAGGGGGUGGCAACGCUGUCCCUGUGGCCUCACCCAUCACGUUAGCUGUCGCUGGGGUCCCCAACCCCAGAACCAGUGUCAGUAAGGUGCCAGAACCCUCCACCUCUGAAACUGCUUCUCCACUCAGUACCGAUUCCCUGGGAGCGCGACCCAAAAAAUCCAAGGAGCAGCUAGCAGAGCUGAAGGCCAGUUACUUAAGGAGACAGUUUGCCACUGAGGCAGAAAUCUCUCGGCUGAUGAAGGUCACUAACCUCACCAAAAGAGCAAUAAAGAAGUGGUUCAGCGACACACGUUACAACCAACGCAACUCAAAGGACCACCAAGGCCUUGCCUUAAAUGACAUUUCAGUCAACACCAACAGUAACGACGGCAGCAGCAGCACAGCCAUUGUGAUCGACUCCAGCGACGAAGCCAGUGAAUCCUCUCUCACAACCCAAGGGCCCAUAUAUGAUCCACGAAUCAAGUUCCGCCACGCCUUUCCUGACUUCACACCUCAGAAGUUCAAGGAAAAGACUCCGGAGCAGCUUCUGCUUUUGGAGGCCAGCUACCAGAAGUCUGACACGCCUGGCGAUGAGGAGCUAAGUAGGUUGAGGAUGGAGACUAAACUGACCAGGCGAGAGGUGGACGCCUGGUUCUCUGAGAGGAGAAAAAUGCCAGUGGACUCUGAUGGCACAGAGGAGCUAGAGAGGGAAAUGGUCAAAGCGCCUUCCUCUGGGCAAGAAGCUCGGACGCCAUCCAGCGGCCGGAAGAUAAUGAAGAAAACCCCAGAACAGCUCCACGUUCUGAAACGCGCCUUUGUUCGUACCCAGUGGCCCUCUGCUGAAGAGUACGACAAGAUGGCCAAGGAGAGCGGGUUACCCAGAACCUACAUUGUCAACUGGUUUGGAGACACCCGGUAUGCCUGCAAGAACAGUAACCUGAAGUGGUACUACUUGUACCAGAGUGGGAAGGUUAACGAGGCAAUGAACGGAGGUGAACUUAAGAAGAAGCCACGGAAACGCUUUCGUGGUUGGUCCAGGAGGACGAGGCGGCCAUACCCCUGCAAACAAACACCCCCUACCAUCAAAGUCAAGACGGGUAAAGAUAUUUUAAAGGAGCACUACCUCAAGCAUAAGUUCUUAAAUGAGAAAGAUUUGGAUGAACUGGUGGCGAAGUCCAGUAUGAGCUAUGAGCAGGUGCGGGACUGGUUUGCGGAGAUCAGCAGGAGGGAAGAGAAGGGUCUUGACCCUUUCAUUGAUGGUAAAGAGGAGACACAUGGUGACAGUGAGGGGGAGAUGGAAGUGAAAGAGAAAGGGGAUGAUGAAGAAAACGACAUUGACAACAAAGAUGAUGAAAAUAACAAUGAUGAAGAUGAAACGAAUGACAAUGAAACCACGGAAGAGCCUCAAUGUUUCAAGCAAUCACAGUCAGAAUCAGAAGAUCAGUGAUUUUAAAAAGGUCCAGAAUUCUCAUUGUUUGCCUACAGAAGAGAUGGAAAACACAGGUGAAAUGUACCAAGUGUUUUGGUGUUAUACUGUGUGGACCAACCAGGCACAAAGAAGUGAGAAGAUGUAUGAUGCCAAAUAAUUUUAGCAAGGGAUAAUAUACUGAACAAAAAUAUAAACACAACAUGUAAAGUGUUGGUCCCAUGUUUCAUGAGCGGAAAUAAAAGAUCUCUGAAAUUUUCCAUAUGCACAAAUCAUCAAAUCAAAUGUUGUUUAUAAAGCCCUUUUUAAAUCAGCAGAUGUUACAAAGUGCUUAUACAGAAACCCAGCCUAAAAUGCCAAACAGCAAGCAAUGCAGAUGUAGAAGCAUGGUGGCUAGGAAAAACUCCCUAGAAAUGCAGGGACCUAGGGAGGAAACAGGCUCUGAGGGGUGGCCAGUUCUCUUCUGGCUGUGCCAGGUGGAGAUUAUAAGAGUACAUGGCCAUUAAGGUCAGAUUGUUCAACAAGAUGUUGAAAUGUUCAUAGAUGACGAGCAGGGUCAAAUAAUAAUCACAGUGGUUGUAGAGGGUGCCACAGGUCAGCACCUCAGGAGUAAAUGUCAGUUGGCUUUUCAUGGCUCGUUCAGAGGUUGCGACAGCAGGUGAGGGAGAGGGUCGAAAACAGCAGGUCCGGGACAAGGUAGCACGUCCGGUGAACAGGUCAGAGUUCCAUAACCAGGGUUGAAACUGGAUCAGCAGCACGACCAGGUGGACUGGGGACAGCCAGGAGUCAUCAGGCCAGGUAGUCCUGAGGCAUUUUCCUAGUGCUCAGGUCCUCCGAGAGAGAGAGAGAUGGGAGCAUACUUAAGUUCACACAGAACACCAGAUAAGACAGGAGAAUUUUACCAGAUACGAAAUAGUGACCCUAGCCCGGCACAUAGACUAUUGCAGCAUAGAUACUGGAGGUUGAGAUCAGGGGGUCGGGGGACACUGUGGGCCUGUCCGACGAUACCCCCGGACAGGGCCAACCAGCCAGGAUAUAACCCCACCCACUUUGCCAAAGCACAGCCCCACAACACUAGAGAGAUAAACAGACAACCAACGUACUACCCUGAGACAAGGCUGAGUAUAGCCCACAAAGAUCUCUUCCACCGCACAAGCCCGAGAGGGGGCGCAAAACUGGCUUAUUUCAAAUUUUUUGCAAAUUUAUUGACAUCCCUGUUAGUGACCAUUUCUCUUUUGCCAAGAUAAUCCAUCAUCUGAUAGGUGUGGCAUAUCAAGAAGCUGAUUAAACAGCAUGAUCAUUACACAGGUGCACCUUGUGCUGGGGAAAAUAAAAGGGCACUAAAAUGUGCAGUUUUGUCACACAACACAAUGCCACAGAUGUGAGGGAGCGUGCAAUUGACAUGCUAAUUGCAAGAAUGUCCACCAGAGCUGUUGGCUGAUAAUUGAAUGUUCAUUUCUCGACCAUAAGCCACCUCGUUUUAGAGAAUUUGGCAGUACGUUCAACCGGCCUCACAACCACAGACUGCGUGUAACCACGCCAGCCCAGGACCUCCACAUCUGGCUUCUUCACCUGCACGAUCGUCUGAGACCAGCCACCCAGACAGUUGAUGAAACUGAGCAGUAUUUCUGUCUGUAAUAAAACCUUUUUCUCUUGUGGGGAAAAGUACUUCUGAUUGGCUGGGCCUGGCUCCCCAGUGGGUGGGCCUGGCUCCCCAGUGGCUGGGCCUAUGCCCUCCCAGGUUCUACCCAUGGCUGCCCAGUCAUGUGAAAUCCAUAGAUUAGGACCUAAUGAAUGAAUUGACUGAUUUCCUUAAAUGUACUGUAACUCAGUAAAAACAUUGAAAUUGUUGCCUGUUGGGUUUAUAUUUUUUGUUCAGUGUAUAUAUAUAUAGAUAUAUAUCUCUUAUAUAUCUCUUAUAUAUCUCUUUGUUGAAAAUACUUUUUGUUUUUCUGGGACAUUUUAGUAAAAUUUUACCUUGCUAUCUUAACUAAAUCCAAGACAUUUCGAUUUGGUAAAUCGUCAUCUUUUUCUUGUAGGUUAUGUAAUAACUUUGAACCGUUUUUAAAUCGUGAAAUUGUGUCCAGGUUGAAGGGAAUUUCCCAAUGUUUUUUCUUUGAUGUACUGACAAAACAUUUUUUUUAAAUCUCACAGUUUUGUGAAUAUUACUUAAAUCAGUGCCAUCUGUUUUUGGAUUAUGUUUUAAAUGGAACCAGUGCUUUGGUACUACAAAACUGUUUUUAUAUGUGUUCAAAUUAUUUGUUAGUCUUAAAUUACAAAAUAUGGAGUAAUCCAGGUUAAUAUUCUGCUCAGUUUUUUGGGGUGGGUUUCUUUGUAUGUUGGUUUUCCAAAUGAAAAAGGCAUGUGUGCUGUCAUUCAGGAUUUAGUAAACAUUACCUCAGUCUUUUAAGCUAUGAGUGAAAGACAGUGACAAUUUAAAUUGUUUUUAAAAAUACACAUGAUACAGGUUCAUUCACAAUUUGCUUGAGAUGGCAGUUUUUUUCUAAAGUAAGUAACUUUCAAUGCAUAGUUGUACUUUUUCAAAAAAAAUUACGGGUUAAAAUCUUUCAGGUGUCCAAUGACAACGAUAUAGGGUGAAGAUACCACAAGAACUUGGUAUGGUUCCCCUUUAAACGAGAGCCAAUUUGACUUUAGUCAACCUUUUAACUUUUCUUCCUCUGCUUAUCUUCCUCUUAUCUUGUAGGUCUAUACUCAAAUCUGGAUGUACAGGUUUUUAUAUGCAACUAUACAUCAAAGAACAGUCAAUGAGGGGAUGGUGAAUUAUAAAUGAUUGUUUUGCUUCUCUUAUGUUUUCAGUAAUGACAAGGACCCUUAUGAAUUCUGUAAUAUGGUAUAUGCCUUUUGCCAUCGUUAAUUGCUGUAAUAUGAUGAUUAGUUGAUUAGUAUUAUUAGUUAAUUUAUUUAUUAUAUCUUACUUUCGUGAAUACUUUGCCAAGAAAAUGUAUUUAGUUUCAGACUAGUGCUUUUGCAGGUAAGAAACAGAUUUUCAGUAGUCAUUGUCAAGCUAAUGGAAAACUGCAACUAACUCUGUUAGCCAUUGAAAUCAACCACAAUACUAAAUUUACCACGUUUUACAGUUGGACAAUACAUUUGUUUGUGACAUGCUUGUUAUUAGAAGUGUGGAAAUCCAUUGCCAAUGGAGAACACUGCCACCUGAUUUUUGACUUCUGUGCAAUUGUUGUUCUACCUACUAGAAACUCAACUUGAGUCAUGAUGCAUUUGCGUUCAACAAUGUAUCAUAACUGACAUGCCAUUUCAGAAGUCUUUUAAUAUAGACAUUACGCAGCAAAAAAAUACUUGUCUGAGGGAAAUAUGAUUUAAUAUGAUUGAAUGUCAUUAUUUGAACCUUACAUCAUUAAAUGGCAAUAUUUGUCAA